CGGCUCACCACAACCUCCGCCUCCCUGGUUCAAGGGAUUCUCCUGCCUCAGCCUCCCAAGUAGCGGGAACUACAGGCGCCCACCACCCCGCCCAGCUAAUUUUUGUAUUUUUAGUAGAGACGGGGUUUCACCAUGUUGGCCAGACUGUUCUUGAACUCCUGACCUCAGGCGAUCCACCCACCUCAGCCUCCCAAAGUGCUGGGAUUACAGAUGAGCCACUGCGCCCGGCGGAAUUAGAAUUUUUUUCUACUUUACAGAGAAAUGAGAUCAUGUGGCUCUUCCAGUGACGUUGUCUGUAGGCACUCAGAAUGGUCCAGCGUUUGACAUACCAAUGUAGGCUUUCCUACAAUACAGCGUCCAACAAAACUAGACUGCCCCGAACCCCUGGUAAUAGAAUUGUUUACCUUUAUACCAAGAAGGUUGGGAAAGCACCAAGAUCUGCAAGUGGCAUGUGCCCAGGCAGACUUCGAGGGGUUCGUGCUGUAAGACCUAAAGUUCUUAGGAAAUUGUCAAAAAGAAAGAAACAUGUCAGCAGGGCCUAUGGUGGUUCCAUGUGUGCUAAAUGUGUUCGUGGCAGGAUCAAGCGUGCUUUCCUUAUCGAGGAGCAGAAAAUCGUUGUGAAAGUGUUGAAGGCACAAGUACAAAGUCACAAAGCUAAAUAAAAUUGAAACUUUUUUGAGAAAAAAAAAGAA